AUGCCCGGUCAGUAUGAUGUUGACACAAAAACCACUAGCAACAUUGCAGAAAUCACCAACACAGCUUCAUCUUCGUUGUCUUCAUCACCACCAGCAGCAGCAUCAGCUAAUGAUCAACAAAAUUUAGAUAGACGUCUAUUAAUUUCAUUUACAUGUAAAGUGUGUUCUCACCAAUCAACAAAGACGAUGUCAAAACACUCAUAUGAUCAUGGUGUAGUGAUUAUACAAUGUCCUUCAUGUAAUAAUAAUCAUUUGAUAGCUGAUCAUUUAGGAUGGUUUCGUGAUGGUAAAACAACUAUAGAAGACUUGAUGCUUGAAAAAGGUGAAAAGGUUUUGAAAUUUAUUGCAGAUGAGAAGUUUGAAUGGAAUUCUGAGACAAUUGGGAAGGGAAAAUUGAGAAUAAAAUUACAAAAAAAUUCAAUCAAAGGAAAAGGUCAAUUUCCUGAAGAUGAUUAG